AUGUCGCUGAACAAUAUAAAUACAAACGGUUUUUACGAUGAACCGAUUUUAUUGUGGAAAACAAAGCAACGCGUUCAUUACCAAGAUGAUGUGGCACGAACCAAAAAAAAUGAAGCACUUACCGACAGCUGCGAAUAUAUUACAAUAAGGCAACCGAAAAAAUCGAUAUCCUUCUCUCGUCUUUCGCCCGCAACGACGCCACCGCCGGGAACACCAGCAAUCUCCGGCAACGUUAACACAUCCAUUGCUGCUACUUCUAACUCCGUGAAACGGUACGCUCGUACCGCAUGUGAUCAUUGCGGUCACCAUAAUAUACCAAUUAUGUCACACCCCAUUUCGCCGCUAGCGAAAUCGCAGACUACAUUGGAACUGGUGGAACACGGUAGCCAGCGUCAGGCUCUUUUACCACUCCCAGCUAUCGGUAUACACCGUGACGACUCAGCUUGCACACUCCAGGUGUCCCGCCGUCCUUCUAUACUGCUGCAAGAGAUCCUGACCCAACGACCGUCUGGCCCUGGACGGAAAGAUCCCAGUAAUUUUCUACAUCCACGCAACUAUAGAAAUGCAGGAAAUCCCAAUGGAACUGUUAACGGCAGUACGGCGACCAUUAACUUUCAAAGUGGCUCUGGAAGUGCUCGCAACGGUUCCAGUGCCAACUACGACAGUGGCGCAAAAAGCUUUCAAGCCAGACAGCAAAAAGAAAAGAACCGAAGAACGGGCAACGAUGCCAUCAGCUCUGCAUUGUCUGCCACUUAUUGCAAGUUGCUAGUCCUGUUAGGUGUAUGCCUUCCUAUUACGGAAGUUAUAUCAGAUCAAAUACCAACCUAUGUGUACCAGGGCUUUUAUGUUUAUUUAUAUGCUGGCAGCAUAUUUUUUGUCAUAUUUUUGUACAUAAGUGCAUUCCGUAAUCGGUCACUCUUCAAUGCACUCAAGGACUUUCACGAAAAAAAUGGCAACAUACACCUGAAACACAAAGUGACUCACUUCGGAAGCUUCUAUCUACGCGUAGGCGCUAUUGCCUUCGCUAUUGGUACAAUGGUAUAUUCAGGAUUGGAAUUUGGUCAAUUCUUUGAACUAAAUGGUCAUGCUGGAUGCCACGAUAUCUUUGUAGCCAUCACUCCUAUCUGCCGCAUGGUCCUAUGCAUUGCCCAAGUACAGUUUAUCUUCCUAAACACGACGUAUAUGGACAUGGCGCGGCACAAGGUAACCUCGCGAUUUGGUCUCAUGCACAUGGUGGCCACAAAUUUGUGUGAAUGGUUAUACGUAUUGGUGGAGGAGACAAAACACGAAAUAUUUCAUAUAAGCCACCAUGACAUUGAUCCGGGCCAAGAUCCCGUAUUACACAGCGGAGCACAUGGCGGUCCUGACUGGUCAGCCGUAAACGAAUCGCUACAACUUCACGGACAACAUUACAUAGGGUUAAAAAUGCAAAACCGCUCCGCAGAAAGCAUGGUUCACAACAUAUUAGCGAAUAUGUCGACCUCGGUUAGUAAUCUCACAAUAAUAGCAGCGCCAACACAUGCCUCUUUUACUGGAUGCUCUCGUACAACAAUCAUGGGUGCAUUAGUCCAACAACUGUCACCAUUUCUUUUUCCGUGUACGAUUGAAUACUCAUUGAUUUGCGCAGUAAUAUUAUUUGAGAUGUGGAAGACCGUUAAAUCCAUACCGGACAUCGACAAGACACGUAAGAACUCAGUAAAGCCAAUUGCACAGAAGCCGGCGCACCACUUCUCUGUUGAUUGCUCCCAGUCUCACAAAGGUCUUUUUUUCGGCAUACUAAUUAUUGUUAUGACUAUAAUCUCAAUGAUUAUGUACUUUGUGCUGUAUACACAACCCGGCUACGAACUCAUCGCAACCCAGGAAGUUACACUUUGGGAGACAUUUAUGUACUUCAUGUGCGCCUCCGCAGUAAUAACAGGCAUGAUCUUAAUGCGUGAUCUGAGAUACAUCAAGGAUACAAGCGACGAACACCAUUCAAUGGAUUUGGAUAAUCUCUUACUUGUAGUGGCCCAGACAGGCGUCUACUUGUAUGGGAUGUUCAGUAUUUUUGGCAGCUAUUUUGCGAAAUGGGACACGGUACCAGACCGAGUUGAAGGCAUUAUUGCCGAGGUUUUUGGUGUGGUACAGACAUCAUUGCAAACGAUGUUUAUACUACAUGCUAGCCAUCGCCGCUGCAAGGGAUCUAAGCAAGUGCGUCGUAAGCCCGGCCGCGAGAUUAUUACAUUUUUGUUAGUUGCAAACAUUGCCAUAUGGUUUGUCAACACUCUUAUUAAAGGACGCGCUGUGUUUCGUGAGUCGCACCUUGAGUUUUUUGGCGUUUGGGGCUGGACAAUUAUAACACAUAUUUCUAUGCCACUGGCGAUUUUCUAUCGCUUUCAUUCUACGAUUUGUCUUUUCGAAGUGUGGAAAAUUACAUACAAGGCCAAGGCACACUAAUUAUAUUAGAUGCAAAUUUACAAAUGUAUAUUCCACUUCUUUUUUUUUUAUUAAAUUAUAUUUAGUCCUUUGUAAUUGAGUAUUAUUUAGUAGGUAUUUUUAGGUUCAACAAAUAUAAGAUUGAAGUAUUCAUAAAAUCAUUAUUUUCGAUUUCUUAUUCUUGGCGUAAAUUCAUUCGUAGUUACAUAUGUAUGAAUAUAUAUGUAUACACGCAUACAAAACAUAGAUAUAUACGACAGAAAAGGCACCCCGAAAGCUGCCAAUAUUAUACAACAGCCGCACCCCUACCGUCUGCUCCACACUUUGGGAAAUUAUUUUUUUUAUAAAUCACUGUUUACUAGUAUACAAAAACUUACAUGACACAUUUAGAAUCCCUAGUUAUUAUAAUCGUCUAUAUUUGUUACAUAUACCAAAGAACGGUGAAUGCGUCUGCACAUCGAUAUUUAUCCAUUUUGAGAAAACGCGAGGAGCGUUUGACUAAACGAACUAAGCUUGUGAUGCAUGUUGUAUACAAGAAAUUAUAUUCCAAGCGCAAAUUUGUACAUACUUGUUGCCCAUUUUAAGAUAAAACCAUUAAGUUAUUCAAAGACCUUUAACAAAAUCAUUUUGUUAAGCUCUAUAGUAAAUAAAGCAUUUAAUUGUAUACAGUGUACAUUUAUGUAGGGUUACAAUAAUAUUACUAGCCUUGGAAUUUUGUUUCCAUACUGUAAGUGUCAAAUUAAAUUACAUUGGUCAAUAACAUUAUUAUUAUUUGGUUUAAAUGUAAUUUUUUCUAUGUAUAUGGGCUUGCAACUGUUUAAACAGAAUCGAUUUUGCCAUUAUAAGGUUAACUUGCAAUUAUGAUUCCACAUUUAUUGAUUGCGAAACUGACGAAAAUUCUAUAAUUAAAGGGUACAUUUUUGAAAUCAAAUCUAAAUUAUUAUAUUUUUAAGCAACGUUUUUGGCACAACACCCAUUAAGACAAAAAGAAAAAAAUCAAAUAAAUAAAUAAAUAAAACAAGUAGGA